UUCUCUCUCUUCACCUCAGCACUCUGGCUCCUUCGCUCGACCCGACGGAACCCUAAUCAGAUCCUCAGUAAAAGAGGUCUUGCUGAAAUGUUGAGGCUGCAAACUUAUGCUGGAUUUAGUUUCUUGGCGGUGAUUACUGUUAUAUAUCAUGCAUUUAACAGCAGAGGACAGUUCUAUCCUGCCAUGGUUUAUUUGUCCACUUCAAAAGUCUGUUUUGUGCUUCUUUUGAACAUGGUCCUCGUCUUCAUGUGCAUACUGUGGCAGCUAGUUAAGCUUUUGUUUCUUGGUACUCUUAGAGAAGCAGAAAUCGAAAGAUUAAAUGAACAAGUAUGGAGGGAGAUUAUGGAAAUUCUUUUUGCUAUUACUAUAUUUAGGCAAGAUUUCUCCGUUACUACUCUUGGGAUGAUUACCACACUUUUGAUGAUUAAAUCCUUGCAUUGGCUGGCGCAAAAGAGGGUUGACCACAUUGAGACGGCUCCAUCGGUUUCUUUACUUUCCCAUGUCAGGAUUGCUUCCUUUUUGGUAUUUCUUCUCGUUGUGGAUUGUGUUCUAUUGCACAGGCCUCUGAAGUCAUUUAUACAGACAAAGAAGGCAUCAGUUGCCCUCUUCUUUUUAUUUGAAUACACCAUAUUAGCGUCAACAACGAUGUCAACAUUAUUGAAGUAUGCUUUCUACGUUUGUGACGUGAUCAUGGAAGGGCAGUGGGAGAAGAAGGCUGUGUUUACAUUUUACUUGGAACUUGUCCGCGACCUUGUUAACUUGUCAUUGUAUAUCCUUUUCUUUCUUGUGAUCUUCGCGCACUAUGGUUUGCCGCUGCACUUGAUCCGAGAACUCUAUGAGACAUUUCGCAGCUUCAGAAUCCGCAUUGCGGAUUACAUUCGUUACCGGAAGGUUACAUCAAAUGUGGAUGAGCGGUUCCCGAGUGCAACACCUGAGGAGAUUAAUGCAAGUGAUGCAACGUGCAUUAUUUGCCGUGAAGAGAUGUUAACAGCCAAAAAGUUGCAUUGUGGGCACCUUUUUCAUGUGCAUUGUUUGCGAUCAUGGUUAGAACGACAGAAUAUUUGCCCAACUUGCAGAGCUUUAGUUAUUCCUCCUGAAAAUGGAUCAGCUGCAUCUGGACAACAAGCCAGAUCCACACCGGCAAGCACAUCUCCGCAAGGCUCAGAAGAUGUUCACUUAAGCCCAGACCAGGCGAGGCUUAAAGCUGCUGCAUUGGCUGCUUCCGUUUAUGAAAGGUCUUUUGUCUGUUCUCCGCCAGGCACUAACAUUGGGUCUUCUGGAUAUUCCUCAGUAAGUUAUGGAAAUAUGCCAGCUACUCCAGCUCCUGCUAUAGGCAAUCCAGACCCUAAAAUUUCCAUGUUGAAAGCACGCGAGGCUUUUAUCCAGACCCAGAUUGAGAUCCUGCGAAGCGAGUUGCAAGCUGUGCAGAAACAAAAGAAAGACGAGGACAAGGCAAGCAUUGGAGAUGCAGAUGGUGCUGUCUCUGAUAUCAAGGGAAAAGCCAUUGUCAAUGCUUCCUUAUAGAGUUGGCUGACUUUAUUUAGCAUGAAAAGCGAUAUGAAAAUACUCGGUAUGUAUGCAGAGAUUAAAACAUUAGCUGAGAAAUAUGUAUGACCUGUGGGAUAUCCCCACAAAAAAAAAACGAUUAAUCCCUGAAAUGUUCCGGUAUAUAAUAAUAACAUGUAAAGAUUUUUGUUGAUACUUGUCUUGAAAUAAUGUAGUGCAUCACAUUCAUAUG